AGCUGUUUAAAGAGUAUGUUCUUGACACUUAUUCUCUGUAUUUUGAUUUUGGUUUGGGUUUUUUUGUUUUGUUUUGUUUUGAUCAGAACUGCUUUGAUGAUGGCUUGUGAAGUUGGUAACCUUAACAUGGUGGACGCUUUCCUUAGGAGAGGUGCAGAUGUCAGUUUAGUAGAUGUCUUUGGACAGAACGCCCUGCAUUACGCCAAGCUCUCUGAGAAUACAGGGAUCCAGAACCUCCUAUCAUCAAAGUUUUCUCAGGAUGUGGAUACAAAGUCACCGACAAAAGCGAAGCAGCAUGAUCAAGGCUCUAAAUUAAGUUCAGAAAGAAGUGGAACUCCAAAAAAACGCAAAGCCCCACCUCCUCCUAUCAGUCCUAUUCAGCUUAAUGACUUGUCCUCUCCACACUCAUCAACUUCAACUCCCAUGACUGGAAAAGGGCAGGCUUUCUUUGCUGAUCAAGUGUGCAAGGAAGAAUUCAGCUCCUUGCAUAGAGAUAAUAAAGACAGACUGAGUGACAGCACAACAGGUGCUGAUAGCUUAUUGGAUGUGAGUUCUGAAGCUGACCAACAAGACCUACUGCUGUUGAUGCAAGCAAAAAUUGCUUCUUUGACACUACACAAUAAGGAGCUACAGGACAAAUUACAGGAAAGAACACCUAAAGAAGGGGAUUCAGCUGUAGAAUCUUAUUCAACUCAAACAGAUUUUGAGCAAACAGCAGAUAGACAAAAUGAGUUCUUGGCUCAGGAGCCGAAGCCUACAUUAAAUGCCACUCAGACCCAAGAAAAGUUGAUAAGCCCUAGAGAAGUAAAAAUGAGGUAUCUCCAGGAAGACCUAAAGGAUGUGCAGAGGAAAUCAGAGAAUUCUGAAGCCAGAAAAAGGCACCUGGAAGCUCAGGCCCAGUCUAGAAUUCCAGAAACAGAACAUUUAAAUAGCCCAGACAUUUCAGAAAAUGGUUCUGAUCUUAACCUGAAGUUCCAAGAAACUCAGAACAGGUAUGAGGAAGCUGGGAAAGAUGCCUUGAAUUUACAAAGGCAAAAGAAGCUGAGUCUUGUUUCCUCUGAGAGUGAAGAAACCAGUUCUGAUCUGAGCAUGUUAAAAGUUACAUAUGCAGAAGUUGAAACACUUAAGCAAGAAUUGAAGAAAGCAUUGGAGGAGAGCGAAAGACAAAAAGAAAAAGUUAGAGAGCUACAGAAAAAGUUUGAAGACAGAGAGCAGAAUGCAGCAAGCAAAUUGUCUGUGGAAGAGUGUGAGGAAAUGAAGAAUUCAUAUUGUUCAGUUAUUGAGAACAUUAAUCAAGAGAAAGCAUUGCUGAUUGAGAGGUACAAAGAAGGGCAAGAGGAAAUUAAAAGGCUACAGGACAAGCUGACAAAUCAGACACAGCUGGAAUCUAGUGCUGAAGCUGGAGAAAUGAAAGAUGUGAUGCACAAAAUGGUAGAUGAGCUCAACAGACAACUUAGUGAAUUGUCUCAGUUGUACAAAGAAGCACAAACAGAGCUUGAAGACUAUAGGAAGAAAAAAACUCUAGAUGAUAUAGCUUUGGACUACAUUCCUAGAGAAGAACAUGAGAAACUGAUGGAGGUAACAAAUUCUUUGAAAUACAAAGCAGAAAAUGAGUUAUCAGAAAUGCAAUCCCAGUACACAAAAGUCUUAGAUGAAGCAGAAGAACUAAAGCAACUGUUAGACACUCAGAAACAAAACUCCGUGCCACUUACUGAACACCGUCAGGUGAUUAGUGCACUCAGAAAUACUAUAAAGGAAAUGGAGGAGGAAAUAAAUGAGCUCAAAAAACAGCUUAGCAACAAGGAAGGUGAAUUAAGAAACUUAGAGAAGGAGUUACUGGAAGAAAAAGCUGCAAUCAAUGAAGCUAUGGUACCCAAGGAUGCAUAUGAAAAGCUCCAAUCAUCACUAGAGGGUGAAGUUAGUGUUUUGUCAUCCAAACUGAAAGAUGUAAUCCGAGAGAAGGAAAACGUGUCCUUAGAUGCUCUGAAACUGAGAAAUGAAAUUUUGCACUUGAAGGAAGCAAAGGAAGGUAUACAUACUCUGCUUGAAGCAAAGGAACGUGAGGUGACUGAUCUUCAGCAAAAGUACCACCAAGUUCAAGAAGCCCUUCUUGAAAUGAAAAACUCGUCAAAACUAGAAGAAGAUAAAGAUAAAAAGAUCAAUGAAAUGUCCAAGGAAAUAAGCAAAUUAAAAGAAGCACUGAACAGCCUUUCUCAGCUUUCCUACUCAAACAGUGCCCCCAAAAGACAAAGCCAGCAGCUGGAGGUGUUACAACAACAAGUGAAGCAAUUGCAAAACCAACUGACUGAAACAAAAAAACAACAUCAGGAAAUUGUCUCGGUUUACAGGAUGCAUCUUCUCUACGCUGUGCAGGGUCAAAUGGAUGAAGAUGUCCAGAAAGUGCUUAAACAGAUUUUAUCGAUGUGUAAAAGCCAAUCACAGAAAAAGUAAACAAAGAAAAAGCCAAGGAAAACUCCCUAUUUUUAUUAAUCCUGUUAUGGUUGUUUAUCUAGAUUUGCCUUAACAUAAGAUUUAAAAUUGGCAAUUUGCUGCUUUUGUGUUAUUGUGCUGUUUGUGAGGGGGAUAUAAUUGUCCGUCUGUACCACUUCCAUGUGCAUUUCCAUGUGCAGUAACUAAACACAUGCCUGCUUUUCAUGUCCGAAAUGCAAGUAUGUUCUUCAGGCUUUUUACUUAGGCCACUCCAUGUUGUGUUUACCCUAUAAGUACUUUUUGGCUUCCUCCAACUGAAGCAGGUUAGCCUGGAGGAAAGUAUUCGUGUUGCCUGGGUAAAGGUGAAAUUCUCUGUGGGGUCUUCUGUACUGAUUAUAAGCUGCAUCUUGUUACUGGGGAUGUUUGAUGCUGUAGCACUCAGAUUCCUGACAUUUUGCCAUAUGCAGUCUUUGGCAGAGCAGAAGCAACCCUUGCAGCAGUGAGCAGGAGUAGAUAUUUAUGCUAAGCCAGAACGUCAAACAGCUACACUUCUUAGUGGAAUAUUAUUUAAGAUUAACAAACUAUGAGGUAGCUGUCCCAGUCCACCCAAUGCACUGAGUACACAAAAAUCAUACCAUACUUCAGAGUUUCCUUAACUACCUGGUAGUGGAAUGAAACUAUUUCAAAAGGUAAAAGCAUUAGUUUGUUGAAGUUCUGUACAAGCAGAACUGUUUGUAUAAACAACCCUUUAUGAUAGGUUUAGCUGUCUAUGCAAGUAUUGGCCAUGAAGCUCAGGAACAAAACCAGAACAUGUACUUUAGACAAGGGAUUCUAGUGAACACAGGAUGUUUACAGUGAAUGUCAAUGCCUCAUACUUCCUAACCUCACUUUUGUAAAGAUCUUCUCUUCAGUAUAUUUUUAUUGGCCCUCUAAUGAAUUUUUUUGUAACUAAACCAUUUUUUCUACAUAAUAUUUGCAUUAAGCUUAUUAACAAAUAUUUUUAGGUAAUUGUGUUUUAGGGAGUUUCUUUUUAUACCCCCAGGUAUUCAGUAAUAGUGAAGCAUAGUGAAGUGUUUUCAGUUUGUAAGAGAUUUGUAUGGAAUAAUAGACCUGUCUGUCAGUGUGGUCCAGAACAGUGAAGUCUAAAAUGCAAUUCAGACUGCUGUUUCAAAAAAAUUUAGGAACUAUAGAUAGAGAACAGCAGAAGGUGUCAAAAAAAUUCUCAAUGUUGUUUCUAGAGGCUAGGAGCAUCAGUAAAGCCUUUAUCAGCACUUCUAAAUUUAAAGUCAAAUAAAAAUAUCUGGUGUGGGAUAGAAUGAAAUUACAGAAAAACGUUUCUAAGCACACACUGCACUUGAGGGUACAACCAAUUUAACUAGCUUGCAGCUUCAAUAUGGUAUUGUUUUUUUUUAUUCUAUGGGGAUAUGUCUCUAUUAAUGGAGAAACCUUUCAGAGCUAUAUAAUCUAUGAAGUUUAUGUAGAGUCAUAGUAUGACAAGAGUCGGCAGUGCCUCAGGUUGACUGGACUCAUAGUGCACUUAUAUCAGAUAAUUCCUAACUCUGGCAAAACUAAAUGAAUUUUAAAAGCAAGAAGAAAAAUGACACUUUUGCAUCACUUAGAACUUGGUGUUACUUUUCUUGAGUGGUUUAAUUAAUGCUGGCUAAUUUUGAACAGUAUUUUGUAGUUAGACAGCUUUGAAAAUGCUCCAAAGAAAUGUGAAAAGAAUUUUGCUGCACCACUUCAAAAAGAACAAGAUUUUAAGCAUGCUAAUGCUGCAAGUAUAAAACUUGAUGAACCAUUUUGUAGGUUGCCUGAUGGAUUUAGUCUUCUACUUCAGUUUGGUUUGUAUAUUUAUUACAAUUAUCUUUGUGGAAUAUUGGAAAUUAUAUACUACAGCAUAACAAGUUUCUUUAUAUGUAAUUUACAAGACAUUUCCUUAUGCAGCAAAUAAACUAUUUCCAAUUUUUUUUCA